AUCCGAGGGAGCAUAGGAGACGGAGACUCAGAAAACACGUACGUCCACCCAACAACUGCUACAGUUUCUUUCCUUCCCACUUGGAGAGACUGGUUCGAUACUCGCGCGCGCGCGCAACGAAGCCAAAAGAGUUAGCACAAGAAUGGGAAGAAGCCCUUGCUGCGAGAAGGAGGGCUUGAACAGAGGAGCCUGGACAGCUCAGGAGGACAGGAUUCUCACGGAUUACAUCCGAGCCCACUGCGAGGGAGGCUGGAGGAACCUCCCCAAGAAAGCAGGCUUGAAGAGAUGCGGCAAGAGUUGCAGGCUCAGGUGGUUGAAUUAUCUGAGACCCGACAUCAAGCGAGGCAACAUAACCGCGGACGAGGAGGAGCUCAUCAUCAGGCUUCACAAGCUCCUGGGCAACAGGUGGUCUCUGAUCGCGGGGCGGCUCCCAGGGCGAACAGACAAUGAAAUAAAGAACUACUGGAACACCAUUGUGAGCAAGAAGGUGAAAGACCAGCCGAAGCCAACGAAAGAGACCAAGAUCAUGAAGUCCAAGAUCAUAACCAACUCUCAACCAGCAACCCAAGUGGUGAGGACCAAGGCCCUGAAGUGCUCCAGGGUUUUGCUCCUCACUCCUCCCCAAGCCCGCCCCCAAGUCAUGCACCAACAACAACAACAUCGCUGCCUGGACACCGACACGGCCACCCAGACCAAUGCCGUGCCCAUGGCGAAAAACAAAAAUGCAGAUGGCAAAGUACCGUGUCUCGCUGGUGGAGAAGAUCAUCUAGCAAUGGACUUCGAUUUAGGCGAGAUCGACUUGGCGGAACUCCUGAACUCCGACUUAUCGGACAAGUUUCGCUGCUUCGACUGUUGCAACUAUGGCUCCUACAAUAAUACCUCAUCAACUUCUUCUAAUUCCUCUUCCGAACAAGCGAUGAUGUUUUCAGAGGAGCUGGUGCAGAGUUGGAACCUCAGUGGGUGUGCUCAUGAUCAAGCAAAUGUGGGGUCCAAUCUUCAAUCCCUCUCCCCAUUUCUCGAUUGCAAUAAAGGGGAAUGGCUGUCAAGUGGAAUAAUUUGAAUAAGGAGAGGGACUUCUAUAGAGUAUGUAGCAAUGUAUACAGUGGCAACUGCAGAAAAUAAAAUAAAAGAGAAGACUUUGGUGGAGGGUAUCACAUGAGCAUCGCAGCUUUGUCAACUAGAAGUAUUGUGGUUUAAUUUUUCCAAGGUGAAUCUAAUCUAUAACCUAAACCUAGAUAAUAAAGGUGAACAGCA